AUGGCAGCUGUUAUAUCCCUUGAGCAAGCGAUACCUGACGAAGCCUGUGAAGCUCGAAUCAAGUGCGACUUGUGCCCAAAUUCCAUUGCCCAGUUGCUUGAAGAUUUCACGCCCGAUCAAUGGCAACUACAGCUACCAGAUGGCAUGCAACUACAUGAAAGUGUUGCGCCCUGGCUCGAACACGAAGUUGACUGGCGUCCUUGCCCAUGCCAGCAAACGCUCCACUUGUUCGUUGAUGGCACCUCCUGGCCUGAUGCCAAGCACCCGCCUGCGUGGGCAGUCCUUGCUUUCUGGGAAGGAACCGCCAAAAAGCACUGGGCUGGCUAUCUUGCUGACAUCUUGUGGGCUCUCGAGGCAGAAUGUGUCGCCAUGUUCAUAGCACAAGCCAUGAUCUUGGCUGCGAAACCAUCCAGCGCUGUCAUCCACUAUGACUGCAAAGUCGCGGCCAGGACAGCUGAGGGCAGAUGGCGGUUGCAAGGUAAGCUAGGAGAAGCCAAUGUCCCACGAGCCAUGCAUGCCCUUCGCGCUGUUGCGGCUGAGGUUGGUAUCCCUAUAUGCUUCCAACACGAGCGGUCACACACCGGCAUUGGUGGCAAUGAGAUGGCUGACUCACUUGUCAAGCACGUGUCCAAGUUCCCACGAGCAGCCACUGAGGCACCAGGAGAGCCAGUUGCAUUUGCCAUCAGGCAUCACAUGUUCGCUUGGUUGUGGGUGAUCGCUAAUGAUGCCAAAGUGGCUGACAUGCCCUAUGAGUCGCCCGUGCAAGUCAUAGGUGAAAGCUCCAACGUCAUGAAGGAGGCUUUGGCAACGCCUGCCGCCCUGGCAAUGCAGACAGCGUCAGCCGCCAAGGAAGUCAUUCAGCUCGAGUGGCGGCUCAUCACAUAUAACUCCUUGUCCAUGCAACGAAACAAGGGAGACGUGUGA